GCAGCGUAAAAAUGAAACAUAUCAAGGCAGCUAAAGUCUCGUGACUUCUUUGUUGACGUACAAGUAUUAAUGUUGUCUCUGUUGGAAUGAAAAACUUUGUUGAGAAUGAGAAAGUGUUUGAAGAGAGAAGUUACAUAAUAUGGAAAUAUGCUAGUUACACAAUAGAGUAAAUAUGGACUAGUUCGGAGUGGAUAUAUACGAAUAUGUAAAUAUUCCGUAAUAACUAAAGAGAUAUUUGUAAGUUGUUUUUUGUAAAUUAUUUCUUCGAAAAAAGUCUCGAGGUUUUUAAAGAAGAAAUUAGGUUUGAUUUCUUUCAGAUUCUCUCGUUGGCCGACAAAAAAAAGAUUCUCUCGUCUCCAAUACUCAAUAGUAAGCACACCUGCCGUUCUUAUUAUUUUGCAGUUUAGGCAGUGAAACAUGGACAUGAUCAGUCAAUUGUCAGAUGACUUGCUCAUCCGAAUACUAUCACUUGUCCGGACGAAACAUGUCAUGGCCACAUGUUGCUUGUCGAAAAGAUGGCUGCUUCUUUGGAGCUUAGUUCCAAAACUUGAUUAUGAUGAUAGCAGUUACAGUGGUGAAAACUAUGCGACCUUCACGCAGUUUGUUUACAGGUCUUUGAUGUCAAACAAGGCACCGGUUCUAGAGAGCUUGUCUCUCACUCUAGGUCCCAAGUGUCAAGCAGUAGAUGUUGGGAGAUGGAUUGAAACUGCAGUCUGUCACCGUGUGCAUGCGCUUAUACUUAAUUAUACCCUUCCUUAUGAAGAAGAGACCAUGCUCAGUUUGCCGAGUAGCAUCUAUACAUGUGAAACACUAGAAACCUUGAAACUAAGUGAUUGCUUCAGUUUGGAUGAUAUUCCUUUUUCUGUUUGUCUCCCGUCUCUGAAAACUUUGGAAAUUAUAAAUGUGGAGGUUUCGUCUCUCACAAGGCUUUUAUCCGGUUGUCCUAAUCUUGACAGUCUUGUUGUGGACCAAGAGGAUAUAGACGUGGAUAUCGUGGUGCCUUCUCUGCGGAAAUUGAACAUGGUCAAUUACACAGGAGGUCAAAAGGGUAGCGGAUUUGUGAUAGAUGCUAGGUCUCUCGUGGGGUUGUACAUUAAGGAUGAUGUCUUUAACGACUACCAUCGAAUUGAGUAUAUGCCUAAGUUAGAAAAGGCAUAUGUUGACAUCACUUGUGGGGUACGUGACCACAAAUUUCUGAAAGCUUUUACUUGUGCCCGCAAGCUUUCUCUAUGUUUAUCAUUUUUAGAGGUUCUGUCUCCUCGCAGCAUGAUCUUCCACAAUCUCGUUUAUCUGACACUGAAUACAUGUGUUCUCGGUUGGUGGGAUCUUGUCACUCAUAUGCUCCAAGAUUCUCCCAAGCUAAGAUUCCUCAAACUCCAUGAUGAACAUGAUCUUUUGCUUACAAGUAUAGAACCCCCGGAUUGCUGGAAGCCACCGCGUUCUGUUCCCAAGUGUUUGUUGCACACUUUUGAAGCUUUCGAGUGGUACGGUUACAAAGGGAGGCGAGGAGAUGUAGUGAUGGCCACAUACCUUAUAGAACACGCUACUUGGUUGAAGGAAGCAACUUUCUUUUCAGAAGAAUCCGAUGACAAGAGAGAUAGGAUGCUGGAAGACUUUACAUCCGUGGCUGCGCCUUCACCUUGCUUUACAUUUUACUGGAGUUGGAGUUCGGACCAGGGCAUGACAUACUCAGGCUACCUAUUACGAAAAAAUAAAUUAUUAGGGUGGUGUUAUUGGGUUUAGAUAUUAAACUCAACUCCAACAGAUUUCAUAUGUGUAAUAUUUUAACUGAUCCAUUAAUGAUUUGUAAUUUUCUGUCGCAAUCUAUACCAACGAAUUUUAAAAUAGGUAAAAUUUAAAAUUAUUAUUAUUUGAUUUAUCAAUUCAAAUAUGUUAGAUUUUAGAAUGAUUCACUAUUGAUUUUAGAAUGAUUCACUAUUAGAAUUAUUGAUUCUAGUAGUAUAGAAAGCCCUCUUGAAUUUAUAACUAUAAAACUAGCAUUGAAGAUGAUCCUUUGGAAUCAAAUAAUACAUUUUGAAUAUGAUAGAAUACAUACUUUAUUGUUGCAGCAAGAAAAUUAACGUUGGGAAAAAUAGCACUUUUAAGAGAAUAUGAUUGAAGAUUGAGAAUAAUAAAAUUUAGAAAAUCUGCAUCACCAUGAUAAGGGAAUCACAGAAGUCUGUUUUUAAGAAAAACAAGAAGAAAUUUUGAAAGAAAGGAGAAAAUAAAGACGUAAAAAA